UCGCUUUGUUUUGAAAUGUCCGCGACCACUGACCAAAACGGCAAUUUUUCAGACCCUCCAAACUCAACCGUUGGACCAGCUGUUGAAGUUACUCCACAAAAGGUGGAGCCGCAUUAUGAAAUUAUUCACGAGGUUUUGCCUAUCGCUGUUAUAAUCGUUACAGUGAACAGUGUUGUCUUCUGCCUGUUUGCCAAAAGUAAGCGACUUCGUACCCCAACCAACUGCCUUCUACUAAGCUUGGCUGUGUGCGACUUUAUGACCGGGUUCAUUUGCAUCCCUUUGUUUAUCAUUGUUGUGGUUCAAGUUAUCAAGCCGCCAGAGCCGCAUCUUGGAAACUUUAACGUCGUCUUUAACAAUUGCAUGGCCAUGGCAGCUGCUUAUCACAUUCUCGCCAUCACGCUAGAGCGGUAUUUCUGUAUUAAAAAGCCUUUUGCCCAUCGCCAGGUGACCAAGAAGUCGAUGCUAAAAAUUGCUUUAUUCGUUUGGCUUGUUGCCGUCGUCAUUGGAUUUAUGCCUUAUAUUUGGUUUUCGUUACAAGUAACCGAUGUCGACGCUUAUAAAAAGACACAAGUUGGAUAUGUAGUUUUCUGUUUGACGUUUGUGUUCCUGGUGCCAUGCGUCGUGAUCAUUUGUUCUCAAACCGUCAUGUUUAAAGCCAUUGCCAAACGCGGCGGACACGGACUGACUGCGUCAAAGACCGCCCUAAGAAAGGCGAGGAGCGACAAAAAAUGCCUCGUCAUUUUUGCCCUGAUGGCGUUUAUAUACGUGGUUUGUUGGCUACCAUGGUUUGUUCUUUACCUAUGUUUUUCGUUCUGGUUUCCACUCAGUAAAGAAACCUUAGAAAGAUUGAGUGACCUAUCACAGGUGGUCGUCAUUUUUAGAUACAUAACUUCAAUUGUCAAUCCUCUGCUAUAUACCUUUUUCAAAAAGGAUUUUCUGAAGGCUUUCAAGCUGCUCGUCCUAAGGAGAAGAGCGUCUGAUCUGCACAGCAAUACCAUGACAACUCUGAACCAUGGUAAUCGUUCUACGUAUUCACAAAUGCAGAGAAAGUUGACUGGUCGACCACACAACAAUGGAAAUACCGAGGAGAAAGAGUUGAUUACCGUUUUCAAGUUCAGUAACAACCAACUUUCGACUAUGGAGACCUCAAACUGUUCGACGAAUACCAUCGAUUCGAUCUCUGGGCACAGUGUUAUGGCUCAACUUCUACCGAUUGCAGUAUUGAUUGUCUUUGUUAACGGAAUCGUGUUUUUGUUAUAUGCCAAAGAUAAACGCUUGAGGACACCGAGGAAUUAUUUGCUGUUUGGUUUGACGGUGUGCGACUUCAUGACAGGAUUUCUCAAUGUUCCUCUGACUAUAAUUGUGUUAACGAGAGUCAUUGCUCCCCUGCAUGGUUUGAUUUUGGGAUUCUUCUUGGUUGUCCUACAUAACCUUGUGGUAGUUCUAGUGGUUUACCACAUCUUUGCCAUUACAGUAGAAAGAUAUUUCUCAAUAGUUCAUCCGUUUCGCCACCGGUGGCAUUUGACAAAGAAAUCCUCUCUGGGCGUCAUUGGUGUUAUUUGGCUGACUGCUGUUAUAAUCGCCUUCCUACCUGUCACGUGGUUUAGAGGAUUCCUAAACUCGCCUGAAAACGGCAUUUUAACUGUGACACGCCAAAUUCAAACGGGUCAUAUAAUAUUCUGUAUUGUUUUUGUUUUUCUCUUACCGUAUGUUUUUAUCGUUUACUCUCAAGUUGAUAUGUUCAGAAAGAUCAGUGGAGGGGCAACAAACCUUAGAGGAAGCGAAAGGCGAGACUCUUCCUUCUACCGAAAAGUUAAAGACAGCAAAAGAUGCCUUAUAAUGUUAACGCUCAUGGCAAGUGUCUAUAUUCUCUGUUGGCUUCCUUGGUAUGUGAUAAGCCUUUUCUACAGUCUGUGGUUUCCCCUUGGAGAAGACGCAAGGGAAAUUCUGUCGGAAUUUUCGCAUGCAUUUCUCAUCAUAAGAUACCUGACGUCAAUCUUUAAUCCUGUGCUUUAUACGUUUCUUAAAACGGAUUUCCUCGAAGCUUUUAAGACUAUCAUAUUACGACGAAAAAACCGGCAGAAGAAUAGUCAAUCAACAAGACAGAGCCUGCUUCUGCUAAAACCUAAAUAUCUUUGCCGGGCGCGAGAAAUGGCUACGAAAAAAGAGGAAAACCUGCAGUGCAUGUAUGUAACAGCAGUGUAGAAUAAUGAAAGUGAAGGUAAAAUAGGUAAAUAAAUGAAUAAUACGAUCGUACGUCAGUUUUACAGUUAUAACUGACUUAGUUAGUGACUGGCGUCGUGAACAGUUUUAAUAUUUGCACCUUGUUCCCUCAUUCUACCCGAUUCAAGGAGAAAGAUCCCAGCUACAUGUACAGUUUACGAUUUUCUUAUUCCUUGACGGUCCAGUAGACUGAUUUCAUUUGGUCCUGUUGCCUUGGAGUCAUGCACGAAGCAAAAAGAUCAGUUCUAUGUCAGGUUACAUACAAUACUUGUUUAUUAAUCCACAGGAUCUACUAUUAGCACAGAAAUACUUAAUCAACCUCAGUCAACUUUAUUCAUUCAUUCAACUAUCUAGUUUCAGAUGUAAUUCGUACAGUCAUUUGAAAAUAUUUUUCAUUAUUAUCUACUGCAAGCUAAUGUAAGUGAUAUUAGUGGCAAAUAAAGGUAGUAAUGCAUAAAGCUAGAGCAGGAAACGAAUGUAAGUGAAAUAGGUUAAGUUAUAUAUAAGAUAAAUGUAAGAAAUGGUGGGACAGAAAACAAAUAAAGUUUAUAAAGAUUUUAAAAAUA